AUGAGUGUGAGGCAGGUGGUAAUACCCGGCGAUCAUAUAGAAGUUGAAUCGCAGAAAAAUAGGUCUUCAAUAACAUUAGGCCCUCAUAUAUCUCUCGUACCUACAAUUGGCACACACACGCUAAAUCCAACCACUGUUGGACUUUUGGAGGAAAAACAUCUUUCGGCUAAGCGUACAGUUUAUUAUGUUGAAGCAAAUUCCAAAAGAUAUCUUCCCGAAAGUGGUGAUAACGUUAUUGGUGUCAUCAUAGGGUCGUUUGGAGAUUUCUAUAGGGUGUCUUUAAAUGAUUUUAGCGUGCCGGUUGUUCUUAACCAGUUCAGUUUUCCAAAUGCGUCGAAAAAAAAUAGACCAAGACUUGAGGUUGGCGACUUGAUAUAUGCCAGGGUGGAAUCGGUGAAUCCAAAUGUGGAUGCUGAAAUCAGUUGUGUUGAUCCAACCACGGGAAAAGCCGAAGGCUACGGUAAAUUAGAAGGUGGAAUGGUUUUUAAAGUUAAACUUGCAUAUGCAAGAAAUCUCCUCUUCGAUCCGAAUGCACAUAUUCUUACAGAGUUGGUCACGAAGUGUAAAUUUGAGAUAGCAAUUGGUGUGAACGGUAAAAUAUGGUUCAAAACGGAUGACAUUCUCAGCACUAUAGCAUGCGGAAGAUGUAUUGAAAAGAGUCAGCAGUGGAGAGAUGCAGAUAUCAAAGCAAAUGUGGAGGAUGCUUUUGCGGAAAUGAAAAAGUCGAAGGACGAAGGUGAUAACUAA